UCGCACUCCAUGUGCCAUGCUGCAUUUCCCUGCUGGCUAAACCUUUCUCUCACAUAACAUAAGGAAAAAGGAACAUAUUCACUUUAGUUACUUCACCACAACAAAACACUAACGUUGUUGUUGUUCACUUCACCAAGCAUUCUCUUAUGCUCUGACAGACACUCUGGUUGGUUGACAUGGAUUCCAAUUCCAAGGCCAUUUUGGAUUAUGCUUUGUUUCAACUCACUCCAACCAGAACCAGAUGUGAGUUGUUAGUCUUUCGUGGAGGUGUUCAUCAGAAAAUAGCUUCUGGGUUGUUUGAGCCUUUCGUUUCUCAUCUCAAAUUCCUCAAAGAUGAGAUCUCCAAAGGUGGAUACUCAAUUAAGCUUCUGCCUCCCAACCACGGUGGCUUCUGGUUCACCAGAGCCACGUUUGAGAGAUUUGUGCGCUUUGUCAGCACACCGGCUAUUCUGGAGAGGUUUGUUAGCCUUGAAAAUGAAAUUCUUCAGAUCAGAAGUUCAUUUCAAGCUAAUGCUUUUUCAAUGUCCGUUGCAACUCCAGAUGAAGGAUCUGUGCCACAAGCCAAUGGCAUCACAAGGAGGUUAAGUGAUUCUACAAAGUUAAAUGAUGUACUUGAAGGAGUUGACAAUAAAGAGGAAAACUCAAAGGUUUCCCUGCAUCGUCUGUUAGAGUCUCGAAUAGCACUACUCCGGAAGGAGCAAGCAAUGGCUUAUACACGUGGUCUUGUUGCUGGAUUUGAAAUUGACAGCAUUGAUGAUCUCAUAUACUUUGCAAAUGCAUUUGGAGCAGCCCGUUUAAGCGAAGCCUGCAUGAAUUUUAAGGAAUUAUGGAAGAAAAAGCAUGCAGAUGAUCUUUGGAUAAAAGAAGUAGCUGCUAUGCAGUCAAGCUUACCACCAGCACUCUCAUUGUCUGGAUCAUCUGGAAUUAUAUUGGCAAAUGAUAUAACCACCCAUAAUAGCUCUAGGGACAGCAUUGCUUCUGGUGACGAAAAUGUAUCUCUGGAAACAUUGAAUUCUGCUUUAAACAAAAAAGAAGAUGUGAACCUGCCUACAGCAGAUCAUAAACUUUCACAUACAGCAAAUGUUAAUAUGCCAAUGCCCUGGCCUUACAAUGUACCUCCAUAUAUGUAUAAUCUUCAAAAUCCGCAAAUGCCUUCAUACCAAGGAUAUCCUAUGACUAAUAUGCAGUCUGUUCCUCCUUACCUUGUACCAAAUAUGCAAUGGUCUCCUGACCUGGGAGUGAAUCAGAAACCAUCAGAAACCAAAAGGGAUAAAUCUCACAAGAAAAGAGCAGAAGAAUACCAAGACCAGCAGACAGAGUCCAGUGACCCUGAUUCUGGGAGUGAAUCUGAUUCAGAUAAACAGAAUCACUCCAGUCAUUCUUCGAAGGAUGAUCUGAAGAGGAAAAAGCACAGAAGAAAGUCAUCUAGAACAGUUGUAAUUCGUAAUAUCAACUACAUCACUCCAAAAAGGAGAAAUAAUGAGGGGGGAGUCUCUGAUGAGUCUUUAGAAGAUGAUGAUGGCAUCGAUGAAGAAACCAUCAAACAAAAGGUUGGUGUUGCACUUGAGUCUUUGCAAAAGGUCCAUAAAGUUGAAAAACGUGCUAAGGGAAAAAAAGCAGCAGCCUGGCACAAUGUAACUAAAUCAAGUGAUGCGACUGAGGAAGAUCUCACUUAUAACUUGAGUGAUGCGUCCGAAGGAGGAAAGAAAAAUGACAACUGGGAUGCAUUCCAGAACCUUUUGAAGAUAGAUGAGGGGACCGGAACUGAUGGACCAGAAAGGAUGCAGUCAAUUGAUAUCCAGGAUGAACAUUUUGUGUUGAGAAGCUCAGAAUUAAGAAUGCCAAAUGGUGCUAGUUCAUCUCCAAACUUGGAUUUCAAAGAAGUUCUGAAGAAUCCUAAAGUUCCAAAUGACUGCUUUAUUGUGUCUCAGAGAGAUGGAGGAAAUGAAGGUGGCUCUAAGCUGGAUGAGUAUGUAGACAACUGUGGUCCAGUUACAAAGAGCAGGGAUAAUAUUGGUGAAGAAAUGCUGUUAUCACAUAGAUCAAAGGAACCAGGAAGAAAUGAACUCGGUGAUCCAUUAUCUACUUUUGCUGCUGAUUCAUUACAAACAAAGGGAAGAGCAGCAGAUGAUUGGUUUAUUGUAGAUAAUUUGGAAAAGAUGAGGAGCCCUGACCCAACCAUUGUGCCUGCAGUGUUUGAUGGUGAUUACACUUCAUCAGUGAAUGAUCGCUCCCAAUCUGAGAAAAGAAGUGAGCGAACUCUCAUUGAUGAUUCCUUCAUGAUUCAGGGUCAAUUAGUAGAUAAUGAUCUUUCUGACUCGCAAUGGAAGACGGACUUAAGUAUGGUUGCAGAUCUAACUGCUGCCAACAAGCUUGAAAGUGAUGCAGCUGCUUCAAAUGAGAAGCAUGCAUUAUCAAAGAACCAGGAGCCAAGUGACCUCUUUGUAGUUCUACAACGGGAUUCUGGAUUGGACUCUGUUGAGGCCUCGCGGACAAUGGACUAUGAAAUUGACUUUUCCUUCUCAGAAACUAAUAGAAGAUCCUCCAUGGAUGAUUCUCACGCCAAGGUGAAUGACAACCUUCCUGUUAGUCCUGUGAAAACCAAUGUGAGAAAAAGCCAAGUUUCUGGAACAAGAAGUUCUGGAAAAGAUGAAAAGUCAAAAGUGUUGCGUGAUUACUCUGGGAAGAGCAAGCCUGAAAUCAUGUCGAGGGCCAGAAAGCCGGCUCUCCCUAAAAAGCCUAUAGUUCAGAAGAGCAAAAGGGAACAGGAAGAUGAGAUUAGACAGAAGAUGGAAGAAUUGCGGAAUGAACGUCAGAGGAGAAUUGCUGAAAGAACUGCAUCCUCUGGCAUUGCUCGAGCUGCGACAAGGAAAGACCAAAUUGAAGGUAAAACAGCAAGGAUUUCUGCUAAGAGUGACAAGAAUAAGGCUCAACCGGUAAAAGAGACAAGCAGAAUCAGUUCGGUCAAGGUCAGGGGAAUUUAGCAAGCCUGUCAGUUCAAUGUGGAUGCAACUUUUAUAAGCUACAAAGUAAAGUGUAUUCAAAUAACCGUUGAUUAAAAUGAAAUGAAUAGUUUUGUUUUCUAUAAACUGUAAGUUAUUGCAUGUAUUCAAUCUUGUAAUCUCAAAAUAUUUUGUUUUGUUUCACGUGGUUGUAUAUCAAUAGAUUCUUUAUCAAUUGUAGGUGAAAAAUUGUCAUAGGUUUUGUUGGAUAAAUAAAUAUUGAUGUUUAAUAGGUUCUGUGGAUUGUAUAUCCCGGCAUUCUUUGUUCUAUGUAAUGUAUGAAACCUUUUAUAAAUA